AUGCAACACAAAACACUCGGAUUCUGCUUAUCACUAGACGAAGCAUUUGAAGAAUAUCUCACAGAAGGAAACUAUACUCUGAUUAAAAGAAUGCUUAUAGUGUACUUCUACAACAAUGAUGUACAACUAAUAGAUUCAAAAAAUGUUACUAACCUUGCAAUAUAUUCAAUUUUAAUGGAAUCGUUUAUAAACAAGAUCCCAGAAAAAGAACUUAGACAUGCAUCAUUUACAUGGCCAGAGUUCGAUCCGAACACGAAUCCCUUUGUCUAA